AUGCGCUCGGAUAACCUUCCCGCCUUCGCGAAGCCUGGCCAAUGGCUCGUCUGCACUCUAUCAUGCCCCGUAGAAGGCAGCGACGUUGACGCGUUGACGCAUCAUCCCGCCACAACAAGUUGGCCAACAACGUGUUCCUUCCAGCUUUUUGCCGGGUUUCAUGGCGUGCAAACUUACCCUAAAGUCUCCGUAUGGAAUAUCCAUCGGGAAUACCGGAGUUCUCGGUUACAUCCUCAAGGCGAGAUGGGGCAUGCGUACUUGCACGUAUGGGACGAUCAUACGGCAAGUCGCGCCACUGCCUCCACGCGUAUUCUGCCCGGCUCUCUGCAUACGAGAUUGUAUGCGACAUUGCCGGAAUCUGGACAAGAUGAGAAGGACAAAACGGAAGUGCUGUUGAAGGCUUUGCUUGUCAAGCUAAACCAGGAAUCGCGCUCGCCUUCCAUGGAUGCGGCGUUGACAGCAAUGAUGGGUUUGGCAAUGGCUUUUGUGGGUGGUGUCGCAUACUACGCUUGGUACAAGAAGAAUGUUUUGGACAAGAUCGAGAAGGCCUUUGAGGGCGGAUACGAUCCAGCGCUGGAAUUGGCUGUGCACGCAAAGAAGAAUGCCGAAAGUCGAAACUUCAGUGAAGCCAUUGACGAACUAGAAGUCGAGGACGGACCAUGGACAAAGCACUUGCGCCGGCGCGAGCAGGAUAUACUGGAUUUGAUCAUCCACGGGAAAGAGCACGGCCAUUAUUUCAUGCUUCUAGGUGCAAAGGGCGCCGGGAAGACUACGAUGAUUCUCGACUCCAUGCAAACGAAUCAAGCCGAGGGCGUGGCGAUGUGCGAUGCGCAUCCCGAUCUCGAGGUAUUCAGGCUGAGACUGGGAAAGGCGCUCAACUAUGAGUACAACGAGGAUACGCAGACCGGGCUGUUUCAGCGGAGAGAUCCGCGAGAAGGCGGUCCAGGACUCGAUAUUGAACGAGUGAUGAACAAGCUCGAGAAAGUUGCCCUCAAAAAGGCUCGUAAGACCGGCCGCCCACUCGUAUUGGUUAUCAACAACGUUCACUACUUCCGUAACAACGACGAUGGCAAGAAUAUGCUGUUACAACUACAACAGCGCGCAGAGUCGUGGGCGGCGAGCGGUACGUCCAAGUUCCAACCUAAACGGUCCAUUUCCAAUCGACCUGCGUCGUGUAUCUCGCCUCGCGCUGUACAUGCUUCACUCAUGAUCAUCUCUGACUGUCAUCUCUCCAUAGGUAUCAUGACGCUGGUGUUCACUUCAGAUGAUUUCUGGCCAUUCUUCACACUGCGCCAACAUGCGAGUCGUAUGCACACUCUGACCAUCUACGAUCUCAACACGGAGGAAGCUACCGCCGCAUGCCAACGCAUGCGCCGCUUCACCACUUUGCCCACAGAGCCUAAAACCGUUGUCGAAGAAGCGACGUCCAUCGUCGGCGGGCGUCUCUCGUACUUGAAUCGUAUUGCGCGUGCGAGGAACAUGGUGGACAUGGCCAAACACAUGUUGGCUGUUGAGAAGGGCUGGCUACUCUCGCAGAUCGGUUUGAUCAGGGAUUGUGACGAUGAUGUGAUGGAUGAGCAGAAAUGGAGCAGUUGCUCGUGGCUGUUACUGCAGGAAUUUGUGAAGAAACGCGAAGAGCAGAUCGCAAUGGCGAGAGAGGCCAUCGCUGCGGGGGAGAAGACGGAGGAAGACUUGUUGAACCUGCCUCUUCCUGCUAUUCCCUACUAUCAAUGCCGACAGAUCAUGACUCGAGCGGACUUCCUCGAAGAGCUCGACCGUAUCAAUGUCAUCUCUAUCGACAUUAAUCACGAUGUCCGACCGGACUCUAUGUUGAUUCUUCGUGCGGCUCAAGAGUUCGUUGGGGAAGAUGGUUUCCAGGACUUGCUGGAUAGCGUGCGCGACCGGAUCGACGAGAUUGAGAGCUUACACCGCACUCGGGAGCUCACGUUCAAGGAUCUUGGGAGGGGUGACAAGAUUAAGCUCGAGGUUGACAAGACUGGUGACGAGGACAACGGGGUGCCUCGACUCGUUGCUUGA